UUGAUGAUUAAGGGAAAAGGGGGGUACUGUUCCUUUAACAAGGUGAGGUCAGGGUGUGGUUUCUUAGUGCACAAGUUUCCGGAUCAUUAUGCUCUUGUAAACAAAGUACGUCCGUCCUGCUGGAGACGAGUUAUUCCUAUCAUCAUGAUGUCAGUGUGAUGGUCACGGUGUUGUCACUGCUCCGUGGUUUAUAAUGGGCAGACUGGGACCCACUGAGCUCCUGUGUGCUGCAGACAGGCUCGCGCAGGUGGACUAGUCAGACAGGUUUGAGACUAGACGCCUUUUGUUUCCUUCACCUUCUCUGAGGGCGAUGUAGGGUGAUUGUGGAGUUACCAUGAGGAUAGUUAUAACUGUAGCGCUUCUUCAUUUCUGUUUGUUUGCCACAGCAGCAGUUUCGGUCAGUGACUCCACCGAAACGGCCCUGACAGCAGCACCGGGGGACGUCGCUCUACUUCCGUGUUACACCGCCGGUAAUGUAACGCCGACUUCAACGACAUGGAGGAAAAAUGGACAAGAAGUCAUUUCAGGUGGCGUUUCUUCACCCUCCGGACAGGAGCAGCGCCUCGCAGUGCUGCAUGAUGGGAGUCUGAACAUCCGGGGGGUGACUCCUGGAGAUGAGGGCAGCUACCUGUGCAGCUCCACGCUGCCAGGCAACAACACUUUUCGGGCACGUGUGCUGCUUCAGGUUGCCACCGGUCCAGAAAACAUAUCUACAACCAUCGUUCCAGCAACCACCCUCUCCAACAAGACACUUGUUGUCCAUAGUGGUUCGGCCAUCUCUUUUAACUGCUCCGCCAUCUCGUACCCGACCCAGCAGCUCACCUGGUCCUUCAGAGGAAUUGCGUUUAGUAAUGAAUCUCUGGUCUCUGCCUCUGGAUCCUGGCUGGACUUCAGGAUAGACAAUGUUCAGCCCAGCGAUCAGGGGGUUUACACCUGCACGGCCAACAACAACUUCACCAAUCAGGUGGUCAAUAAGAGCACGGAGCUGCUGGUUUAUUACAUCCCCUACAGGCAUCCAGAGUGUAUGUGGACUCCAGCACAGGACCCCUCUCAUGUCCUGUUCAGCUGCUCCUGGUUUGGAGCGUAUCCCAUCCCCGCGCUGCACUGGGGUGAAGAACAGGGCAAACAAGGAGCUCUUUGGAAAGAACAUGUAAAUGUAUCGAAGGUGGGGGAGAUCCUGUCAGUGAUGCUGAACCGCUCUGAGCUGUAUGAGGGUCAGACGCUGAGAUGCACCGCCCAGCACCCAGCACUUGCUGCGGGGGAGAAGAAGAAGUGUUCGUUAACUCUCCAGCCUCCGUAUCCUGAAGGCGAGCCUCUGGUCACGGCCCUGGAUGGUACAAGCGUAACCUUAACCUGCUCUGAGUCUGUAUCCAUCCCGCCUGCUAACACUACAUGGAGAAAAGGUCUGAAGCAGGAGGAAAUCAUCCCUGGAUCCAAGUACAUUGUGUCAGAGGAAGGCCCCAUCCUCAAGCUGACCAUAAUCAACAUCACCAAGGAUGAUGAAGGUGUUUACUUCUGCCGCAGCGAGAACCCCCUCACUGUUAAAGAGCUGGAGGUUUACCUUACAGUGAGGACGUCCUCUGCAUACACAGGAGCAAUCAUCGGGAUCUUUAUAGCUGUGCUGAUUGUGGGAUCAGCAGCAAUCGUUGCUAAAACCAUCUACUCCAGCCGGCACAAAAUAUGCCUCGGAGGCGGCUUCGGACAAAUGGAGGAGGACAGAGGAGACGUGCUGAGUCUGGUGGAGUCAGACGACGAGCAGUUUUUUCAGGACACCGUUCCCCGACUGCCUCCAGUAACCAACGGCCACCAAACAACACUUGUGCAGAUACAUCGGAUCCCCUCAAGUGAUCAUGAGGAUGUGGAAACAGCAGACAUGAGCCCGCAGCAGCAGGAAGAAAAUGUACAGACAGAAGAGCCAGAGGAUCUUGUAACAUUUUAGGUGUUGGGUGUUUUUAAUAGAGAAGUGUUUAUAUUUUAGGUAAAUAUUAUUUUCAUCCAAUGACAAUGUGAACAGAAUUGGUGGAAGACUUGUGUAAAAAUAUCUUUUAAAAUGUAAUGUUUGUUAAACAGGGUUUACAGCUUUUCUAAGCAUAUUUCUAAAAUUGAUUUGUUUGUACAGCAUUUUGAAUAUGUUGCUCUGAUGUUGAUAUUAAUGCAGUAAAAUAUGCUGUUCAAACAGGAA